UCAGCUUCCUCCCUGCUGUGUCGUGGCCAGGUCCGAGCCGUAUGUUAACAGCCUGAUGAAGUUGCAUGUUCGGACACCUUACAGCUGCCACGAGCUGUUUGGCUUCGACAUCAUGCUGGACGAGAAUCUCAAACCCUGGAUUCUGGAAGUGAACAUAUCGCCUAGCCUUCACUCCAACACGGGGCUGGAUGUUUCCAUAAAGGGUCAGAUGAUCAAAGAUCUCCUGAACUUGGCUGGCUUUCGUAUUCCUUCAAGAGAAGAUGUGGUUACCCCCUGCAGCAGUGCAUCCAGCUCCACCAGCAGUUUGUGUGCAGGGAGUGGAGAGAGGACCAAAGUGGAUCUGUCUGCUGAUGAGAAGGUCAAAAGAGCCUUUUAUCUGACACAGGGUGACGCUAACCGGGACUUAAUGCCAACAGUGUUGGAUGUUUUGACUCCAGAGGAAAUCCGGGUUCUGGCAGAGAGUGAAGAUGAGCUGAACCGUCGAGGAGAGUUUGAGCGUGUUUUCCCAUCACCAUCAUCAUCUCGCUACCUUCACUUCUUUGAGUGUCCAAGAUACCUCAACAUCCUACUGGAUCAGUGGGAGCAGAAGUACUGGAACAACAGGGUGAAAUGUAUCAGCCUACUGAGACCACUCUGCCAGCAAGGAGUCCAUCUGGGAACCAGUGACCCUGCUCACAUGUGGUGUAAGUACAGCUCCAGGUUUGAACACAACAGACAGGACGUGGUUAGCCCUUCCAGAGCCAGGGUGGUGGUCAGCCAUCAGCUCUGGUCACAACAUAACGGCAGUACCGACGAGGAUCACCAGCAGUGCCUGGAUCACCAGCAGUGCCUCAGCCCGGCCUCACCCACAGCCUGCUGCCCCAGCAGUUGGCCUAACUCUGAGGAUCUGAUUUCCUAACCCAGAACACACAGAAAGCUCAGGGUCUGUUUAGUCCCAUCCCCUAACCAGUGCUGUCAUUUAGCCCUCACCAAUCACCAGAAACAGCAAACAAACUCUGUAGGAGGGAGUGGAUUUUUAGAGUUUAACCCCCUAUUUUGUCUUGUUUUAAACUAAAAAUUAGUAAUACAUCAUUUGUUAAGCGUCCCAAAGGUGAGGUGAUGAGUAAUGGCACAGCACUGUGAUUCUUGUGUCUUUAAAUCUGACUGUUGGUUUUUAAAAAGACAUUUUGAGCCUUGAACAUGUAUGUGGGACUGGGAGCUGUUUGUGUGUCACUGCUAACUUUUGGGGUUUCUCUGGGUGAAGGUGUUACUGGGUGUUUGACAGAAUCUUGUUCUCAUGAUAGUGACUUACAGGGUCUUGCUUGAUGAUCAAAUAUUUACUAAAUGGCCUAUGAUGUGCAAAUUGGUGGUAUUAAAAUUUGAGCAGUUUAAAACAGACUGUCCUUUACACAUAGUAUUUCAUGCAGGCUGCCAAGUGCAAGUAAAGCACCAGAAUCUAGGUAAUAGGUAAUAGCUUCUUUGAACACAGUGCAUCUCCAUAUACUUUGUGUUUCUAUGAGUUACACUUGCAUUGCUCUCUGUUAGACUCUUUGUUCCCCCAAACACGGCGAGUGCAAUGUUAGACUGAGCCAUAGAGCCACAAUAAACACAUAAAUGGAGUAAACUGGAUAGAGCUGAGUUGUUGUUGGUAGGCCAGUUCCUCACUUUCAGGAAAAAAAGCUGCUGAUGUUGUUUUAAGGUGAUUUUGAUUCAAGAAUAAACUACUAAAAAUGUU